GCUCCGGCAUGGCUGGCGCCAACAAGGAGCGACCCGCCGGCGCGAGGCGGAACAGGAGGAGCGAGGUCGGCCCCGCAGCGGGGCGUGCCUCCAGUCCGACGUGCACCGACACCAAAGAGCGAGUCGCCGUCUGGGAUGCGGUGGCCGCCUACGUACGGGAGCAGCUCCUGGGGCAGAAGGGGGUCUGGAUUCCCACCUUCGGCUCCUUUGACACCAUCUCCAAGGACGUCCGGACUGAGGAUGGGACCGUGACUCUGCGGUGGCCGGUCUUUCACCUGGCCUCAAACCUCAUAGCCACGCACCACCUCAAGCCCCGCAGGGAGUCCCUGCCAGGUAGGAGGGGGGAUUAAACUGUUGCUGGCUUUGUGGACAGGGUGAAGGGCCACAGCCUCCAUUCCCAAAAGCAAACCUCCCCCUCUGAGGAGCCCAUCCAAACGUGGGGCCGUUCUGGCUGAUGUCCACCAGAAGCACUUCUAGGGAAGCACCUGUGGAAACCCAACCGUAUCAUCAACUCUGUCCCUCGCA